AUGUUUGUUAUAAAGAUGCAUAUCGAUAUAUGUCAAUGGAAUCAUAAACAUCGUUUUAAAUUUUUAUCAGAAAAUAAAUGUAUAUCAGAUGUUCAAAUUCGAAAUUCUGUAAAAGAUUGUCUUGAAGAUGAAGAUGAACUUUCAAAUAUUUCUACAAAAAUAGUAUAUCAAAAAUUAUGUAAUGGAUAUGUACAUAUGUCAUCUGUUCUUAUCGAUGGAAUGCAUGAAACAGAUGAAACACAUUGUGAUUAUUGA